UAGCGAUCAAAACCAUACAACAACAAGUAACUCACCCUCGUUCUCUUUCACUUAAAACCCUCUACACUCGCUCUUUCUCUUUCUCUUUCUAGAAAGCCGGAGCUUAAUCUUAUCCAUGGCGUCCUCCAGUCUCCUUACACUGGCUAAACCCUUUCCUUCUUUCUCCGCAGACCUUCAUUCUCCUUCUGUCUCUACUAAAGCCACAUCUUUAGGUCUACGAAGAAAUUCCUUCAAGGUUAAUGCAAUUGCAACCAAAUACGAGCCUACAAAGGUUAAGCCACAAGCUGAUAGAGUGCUAAUUCGUCUGGAAGAACUACCUGAGAAAUCAGCUGGUGGAGUUUUGUUGCCUAAAUCAGCUGUCAAGUUUGAACGUUAUCUUAUGGGAGAGAUUCUUGCAGUUGGUUCUGAGGUAGCAGACUUGGAGCCAGGGAAAAAGGUUCUUUUCUCUGACAUAAACGCAUAUGAGGUGGAUCUUGGAGCAGUCGGAAGACACUGUUUCUGCAAAGAGGCUGACUUGUUGGCUGUGGUCGAGUAGUAGACAAACACCAUUUUAUUUUGAUGAGAUUUUUAUCGUAAUUGAAUAAUUUGAUUGUUGUUUAUGAAUUGAUACAGUUUUGUCAUCACAAGCAUAACACAUUAUGUUUAUGAUGUUAUGAUGUUAAGUUCAGUAGUUGUUCCAAAAUGAAAACG